AUGGACGGCCCCUUAAGAGAUGAGAUAUGUCUUGUAACAUUUGAUGAAAUGUGGAAAAAUGUACUUUCUUGCAAAAAUGGGAACGGUAUGGAAAUAUUUCCAAAUUUAAAAGCUUUGGUAGGGUACAUUCGUUCCUUACCACACUUCAACGCAGCUGCUGAAAAGACAUUUUCUUUGUUGCCGGACAUUUCAACAAAAAAAAGAAAUUCUUUGUCCAACGAAUCUUUUAAUGCAUUAGCCAUAGUAAAAUUAAAAUCAGCAGCCAUGUCUCCUAGUUCAUUAACAAAUAAACUGAGUGAGGAUCAGUUGUCUUUAAUGUCUUCAAAUAAAUUAUACCAGCCACCCAAGAAAAAACCACACCUGUUAAAUUUGCAUGCAGGCAGUACCGAUAAUGAAGAUGACAUUUUUUAUGAAGAUAUAAGUCAACCUGGACCAUCUAACAGAUAG